ACGUCACCAGCAAACAGGCAGCACAUCACCUCUGCACCCUGCACUCGACGCCCAAAGCCCUGUAAACUUCGCAAUUCAUAUCUCGAGCUCGAUCACGACGUACAAUGGCAUCCCGCUCAGCGCUCCGCGCGCUCAGGACCGCGACCCGCGGAUUCCAGACCAGCGCUGCCCUGAGACAAGAGAGGCCGCUUGUUGCGCCUGUCAGGAGGCCUGUUGGCGCUUUCCGUGGAGGAUUGUUUGGCUUCCUGCUCGGUACCGCGACCGCAGGCGCCGGCAUGUACUACUACGUUGUCGAUGAGUACCGCGUUAGCAACCAGCUGCUCACCGAGGAUAUCUAUGCGCUGCAGAGUGCGGUGCAGAGGAUAGAGGGAUAUGUUAGGACGCUGGAGGAGAAGGUUGGGGAGAAGAGACGUUGAGCGGGGGCGGGACGCAGGCUUAGCUCACAAGCCGUCACGAUACAUAUUGAGGGACUGAGGCGGGAGUUAUGAGUCUGGAGCUGCGGAAGGAGAGCACCUUUGAAGUGUAAUGCGAAGGGGUGGGGUUCAUGAUGGAGUUCCUCUUUCCAAUCGAUCUGACUAUGCCAAAAUUCGUACUUUCAGGGAGCAAAUGUACCAUGCAAAGCUUACAAGGUUUCAGUGUGAUAUGCUCUCAUGAGCGCUCACGGAACAAGACCCUAGCACAAUACUUUGGACACUCCUCGAC